UUUCUGACUCAUUUUAGCUAUCUGUGCGCUGUGUUUUUUGGGUGGACCUGGCAACCCGGACAGAGAAACGAAACUCGGUCCUGGGAAGGGGAGGAGAAACAAGGAGGAGUUCAUAAACAAGGAAGUCUCUCCUCCAUUCAUGGGGGAUUUGUAGAGUGGGCCAGGCUGCAGUGUACUGGACUGAAGAAGGGCGGUAAUAUGGCCUCCAGUCUGUCUGUUUCUGACGAGGGUAUGAUCUGCUCUAUCUGUUAUUUAGUGUUUAAUGAUCCCGUGGCUCUGAAGUGCAGUCACAGUUUCUGUGAGGAGUGUCUGCGGCGCUACUGGAGUGUUCAGGAGGUGCUGCUGUGUCCUGACUGUAGGAAAGAGUGCUCUCAGGACGAGCCCACCCGGAGCCUGGCCUUCUCCAGCCUGUGUGAGAAGUUUAAGAGCAGAACCUGUCUGUCUCCAGUAGGAGACAUGUGCCCUGAGCACGAGGAGAAGCUCAAACUCUUCUGCUUUGAAGAUAAGCAGCCCAUCUGUGUGGUGUGUCACACUUCAAAGAAGCAUAAAAAUCACCAGUGUGCUCCUCUUGUGGAGGCGGUAGAGGACCUGAAGGCAGAAGUGAAGUCUGAGGUGUCUGGUAUGCUGCAGAACCUUCAAAUCUUGAAUAAAUCUAAAGCAGAUUAUGAAGACCUGGCAGAGAUUUUAAAGGAAGAGCGGCAGAGUGCGGAGAACAUGAUCAGGCAGGAGUUUGACAGUCUUCAUCAGUACCUCAAAGAGGAAGAGGAGGCCAGGAUUGCUGCCCUGAGAGAGGAAGAGGUGCAGAAAUAUGAGAAAACCAAAAACAGGAUUGAGAAGUUGUCAAAUGACAUCUCAAACCUCUCCAUGACUCUAAAAAUGAUCAACCAGGAGAUGGAAAUGGAUGAGCUCACUUUCCUCAAGAACUACACCAAUGGCCACUAUAGUCCAGCCAAGAACAGCCUGCCCGAACCUGACGUGAUCUCAGGAAUAGAUACAGCAAAACAUUUGGCAUUCUUGAACAUCAAUUUACGGGCAAAGAUGUGUGAACUGCUGCAUGACCCUCCCAAAACAGUGUCCCUGGACCCCAAUACGGCCUCCAACAAGCUGGUGGUGUCUGAGGACCGGAGCAGUGUGUAUUUUGUGGAGCAGAAGCUGGAGGUGGCCAAUAAUCCCGAGAGAUUCAUGUUGGGAGUGCUGGGCUCUCAGGGCAUCAGCUCUGGCCUGCACUGCUGGGACGUGGAGGUGGGAGACAAUGACCACUGGACCAUAGGAGUGGUCAAGCAGUCUGUGGAGAGGAAGAAAAUUCUGAAGAUGGAUCCCUCCAGUGGAAUGUGGAGCAUUCGCUUGAUCAAUGGAAAAUACCGGGCUGGAAAGUCCCGCAAGGAUCUCACGGUAACAGAGAAGCCGCGGGUCAUCAGAGUUCAGCUGGACUACGAUAACGGAGUCAUCGCAUUCUCAGACCCCUCCAAAGGACCCGUUCUGUUCACCUUCACGGACACAUUUGAAGAAGCUCUAUUUCCUUACUUUAAUACUGCAAGUGCUGUCUGCCCACUGCACAUCUCCUAACAUGCAGGACUAAUUUUUACACAUGCUGCAAGGUUGUAAAUGACCACAAGAUGGCAUCAUCCUCACAGACAAGUCCUGAUGUAAGAAAUGAUUUCAGAAUCAUUUUAAAACUCAUCAAUUGUUUGAUGCUGUGUGAUUGCUUAAACACUUUAAAAUCAUCUCGAUUGUGUCAUCUUUUCCUAAACUUUGUUAUUAAAACAAUAUCUAUCUGCCCCAGUGCUCCUUGAACUUGUCCUCAGGAACACCAUCCAUCUAUGACUACUAACACACUGCUAAAAUAAGGACAAUGUGAUUGAUUGUCUUUCAAGGGUGUUUUGAGAACCACUGUCCUACACAUUUACUACACUUUAAUUUUAGUAUUAUGCUGAUUUAGAGGUGUGCCAUAUAUUAUAGUACGCAAUUAUAUCGCAAAAAUACCCUGAAAUAUUGUCAUAUUAUUUUAGGGCCACAUGGGACAUCAGGAUACAACUUUUUUUUUUUAGCAAAAGGAAAAUCCACCCUGUUCUCAUUUUCCUUUAAAUAUCUUCUAGAGACAGAUAUCUGUUCAGUAUCACUUAUUUUACUUUAAUCCUGGAUAUAUGGAGUGCAUUAUUACUAUCAUGACAUGGAGCAUUGUCUUUUGUUACAAUUUGGUGAAAUCAUAAUUAGGGGUGUGCCAUAUCAUAUUGUUUGCAAAAAUGUUGCCCAAUAAAAUAUAGUAUUCAUUUUGUUGAA